AUGGUUACGCUGGACGAUGAUCGCGGCUAUUCAGUGCUGCGGCCACUACCCAGUGUCGCGGUCGGAGACAAAGUCGGCUUGCUGAGCAGCAAAGAUGCACCAGGGACCAGAAUCACCAGCACGGCAAUAGAGCCUUCAUCAUACUAUCGAGGCCGACAUUCUCGCGGGAACUCCCGAGACGAGCGCCUGAGAUCGAUCGACGAAAGCGACAGCAUGCGAGACGUCGCAUUUGAGAUGAUGGAGCCUUCGAUGCCAUCCAAAGCUCGUCGGCCCAGCGCCGGACCCUCAUCCAGUGCGUCGUCGAUGCUGCGCCGCUUGACCACCAAAUAUGCGCCGUUGUCGCGAUCCAAUCUCCGAUCCACUGGCAAGCGCUCACAUGGACGGCAUUACGCCACACUGGGCGAUGGCGACGUGGACCAAGGUGCCGUGGCAGCGGCAGUCGACAUUUCGUCGCUGGAAGGGAUGGGGUGGGAACUCACGGAUCUGUCGAACCCGGACGCGGACGCGGACGCGCACCCGGCACUCCUUCAAGACAUCGGAACAGCGUAUGUUCCGCCCAGUCAACGGAGAGGAGGAAGUAACAACAAAAGCAUGGACAAGCCGGGCUUCCGCUCCUUCGUUGACAAGCGUCGCUCGGUCGGCGAGGGGAUGAGAGACAUCGGUGUGCAGCUUCGACGCGAUCCUACCAAAGUAGUGAGGAAACACUCGUCCGGAGCAGGAGAGGGAGCAGCACGGAAUGCUUCCACCAGCACGGGGAUCGAUCGGAGCAAGACGGUCCGGGAUUUCGGGCAGAACCUUGCGCAAGAGAAAAAUAUGAUCGUCGAGGUGGAGGAGGUGGUUGACUUGAGUUCCCUGGAUGGCGGUGGUCGUGGCCAGUUCGAUAUUCGAGGCAGCAGCCAGAUGACCGAAUCAAUGUCGAUGAGGAAUAGCAGUAGCGUUCUGUUGCCGCAACGGACCAAGAGCUACUUCUUCCCCGAGGAUCCAGAUAUCCCGAAUUGGAAGCCCUGGUCGAUGAAGAGCGUCUACAUCCUGUCGCUGAUGGUGCUCGCCUUCGCGUUGGCUGGAUUUCAGGAGUAUUUGUGUCAACGGUCGCUCCGCAGCGCCAGGCGAGACAGUGGACUUCUCGCCUUCAAUAGCGUGGCGGAUAUAUCGACGUGGGAUUUCUUCGCUUGGAAAUAUCUUCCUACUAUGAUCACAAUCAUGUAUGCCGUCGUGUUUUCAAUCAUGGACUUCGACAUCCGUCGACUUGAACCGUUUUAUCAGCUGUCACGGCCUCGUGGAGCCCGGGCCGCCGCGAGCUUGAAUCUGGACCAUCUGACCAUGUUUCAGUAUUUUGUGCCUUUCAAGGCGUUCCGGCUCAAACAGUGGGCCGUUCUCUUCUCCACCACCGGGAAUAUCGUCGCUUCCAUGGCCGCGCCGGCCUUGCAGAACCCUUCCAUCAAGUUUGUGAAGAACCCCGAAUGUCAUGAUGGUGCUUGCCCCAGCGGGGACGACAAGCAGUAUUGGGUCCGCGUCUCGCCGGUUUGGUCGCGACUAUUGUCGGCGAGCUACCUGUUCGUGGCCGUCGUGUUGGUGAUGUUGUUCAUCCAACUGCGCCGCAAGUCAGGCCUUCUCAGCGACCCCAAGGGCAUUGCGGGCAUUGCCUCCAUGGCGACCAAAUCACAUAUUGUGCAAGAUUUUGCCGGACUCGACGUGGCGGACCGCAAAGAGAUCCAUAAACGGCUGCAACAUCGGCGCUACCUGCUGUACAAAUCGUCCAUCUGGCAAGGUGAAUGGAGCGAGACGAGUGAACGGAUCCAAGACAGCGAGAGGAAAUUGACCAGUCCCCAUCCGGUGAUGCUCCGAAUUGAGGCGGCCAUUCCGUUCCUGCUGUUCAUGGUCUUCUGUCUGGUGUCGGUGCCCAUCAUCACGUUGACCCCGGCGAACGUUGUCCCCAACGCGGCACCCUGGCUGCCGAUUGUGGUUGCGACGGGAUUGAAAUUGCUGUUUAGCACGUUCGAAGCGGACGUGCGGCUGAUGGAACCUUUCUACCAGCUGUCCAAGGGCAACGCGCGACCGGAGAACAGCUUGACGCUCGAUUACCAGGCCACGGCGUACGGGUGGAUGCCGAUCCGCGCGCUCUGGAAGCGACAUUACCUGGUGGCGCUGGUCGGGUGCAGUUCGGUUGCGCUGGACGUGCUCACGGUGACGGUGGGUUCGUUCUCCGUCAACGCCCGGGACUUUUUGAAGGUGGGCGGCGAAGCCAAGGACGUCUCGAUGGGCGACGAGACGUUCAUCUCCUUCUGGGCGUCGCUCGCUCUGUCAGUGGUCAUUUUGAUUUUUGUCAUCUUCACCACCUCAUUGGUCUACCUGCGCCGCCGGCAUCCUUUCUUGCCGCGAGAACCGUCGACCAUCGCGGCCGUGCUGGCGUUCAUUUAUGCCAGCAACAUGCUCACCGACUUUAUCGAUACGGAACAUCUCGACAACAAGCACAUGGAGCUGCGGCUGAAGACGCUGGGCAAACGAUAUGCUUUGGGCUGGUUUCGUGGCAGGGACGGCCAGAUCCACUGCGCCAUUGACGAGGAGCCCAUCAAGAGCAAAUACGUCCAUGGGAAGCCGUACACUAUGGCGCAGGCUGGUCCUUUGCUGCCUAUUGAGACGUACUACUCGGUGUAG